ACAGCGGCUUUACACGGGCGAGAGGGAGAUGGAGAGAAAUGAGGUCUGAAAAGGACCAAAUGACCGUGGGCAAGGAGAAAAGCGUCGUGGAGAUACAGUUUAGAGACAUCCCAAGAGAGCAGGAAAACAUUCCUGGAAACCUGAAGCAGAAAGAAGAGAAGAAAGAGGUUUUUACCAAGGUCGUGAUUCGAAGGCUUCCACCAAACCUGUCAAAGGACCAGCUAGAGGAACAGCUCAGUCCCCUUCCGUCCUACGACUAUUUUGAGUUCUUUCCAGCUGACCAAAGUCUCUAUCCCCACUUGUUCUCCAGAGCAUAUAUUAAUUUUAAAAUCCCGGAAGAUAUCCUUCUGUUCAGGGACCGAUUUGAUGGCUACGUCUUCAUUGACAACAAGGGACAAGAGUACCCUGCAGUGGUGGAGUUUGCCCCCUUUCAGAAAAUCUCAAAGAAGAAGCUAAAAAAGAAAGAUGCCAAAACCGGAAGCAUUGAAGAAGACCCAGAAUAUAGGCGGUUCUUGGAGAAUUACUCCUGUGAUGAGGAGAAGUCUAUGGCCAACCCUGAGACUCUGCUGGGAGAGAUAGAGGCCAAGACCAGAGAGCUCAUAGCCAAACGGACAACACCGCUGUUGGAAUACAUCAAAAAUAAGAAAAUUGAGAAACAGAGAAUAAGAGAGGAGAAGAGAGAGGAGCGGAGGAGAAGAGAGCUCGAAAAGAAACGGCAAAGAGAGGAGGAAAAGAGAAAGCGAAGAGAGGAGGAGAGACGCAAACGGAAAGAGGCAGAGAAGCAGAGGAAACUGUCUGAUAAAGACAUUAAAAUCAAGCUCCUUAAGAAGAGUGACAGGGACGAUGACGUGGAUUCAGACCGGAUGAAGGACAAAAGUGACAUUGGGGAGACAGACAGAUGCAAAUGGGAGAAAGCCGGAGGACAAAUGAAGUCAAAGGACCCCAAAGAAAAAGGUCAACCUGAGAGCGACAAGGAGCAGAGAGAGCAGCACGGCCGCAGGCAGAGAGAAAAGGACCAUCGGGGGAAAGAUGAAGAGAGGAAACGACAGAGGCACCACUAUGAGUUUGACAAGUUUAUGCGCCGCAAAGAUGAGACAAAAUGGGGGAAGGGCUACUGCCAAGACAGAGCCAAGAAAGAGGGGCACCAUCAUGGCUAUUCUUACUGCCCUGAUGGUGGAGACAAACUGGGGAAGGAGGACAGGGAGGACGUGGGUAACAGGAAGGAACGCCUCCGAAACAAGGUGAGCGAGAAGGUGCUGCAGACUCCCACCACAGAACAAAAACAUGCAAAUAAGGACCGUCCCGCCAUGCAGCUCUAUCAGCCGGGCGCACGCAACAGGAAGCGCAUGAGCUCGGCUGGAAAAGGCUACGACUGCAUCGCUGUGGGACACUCACCGGAGCCCGGGACGGAACACUGCUACGAGGCUGUCCCCAUGGCAACAGGGCUGGAGAAGGGGUACGAGAAAAGCAAAGAGGAACAGUGAGCACGAUGGAUGUUUCAAAAAGAACAAUUAUUCAGCCUAAGUUGAUGGGGACAGGUUUGACAGGUCAUCAAUGAGCUUUUAAAUGACAUGAACUGCAUUGAGGGAGAAAGGCACUUGAAAAGCCUUUUUACUUGAGUAAGAUGUAACAGAGUUCAGAGCUUUUAAUGUUGGUUAAGGUUUCUGUUUUGCUGUUUAGCAUGAACAUUGUUAAUACACAAUACAUAUUUUAUCUCCGUGUUUAGUCUGUCUAAGAAUCCUUGGUAUAAAGCAUGUCAACAAUACAACAACGAACACAUAAUAACAGUUACCUUUAUGAUAGCACAACAGCCAUUGUCAUACAGUAAUACCACUAUGUUGAAAUGUUGUGAUAUGAGGCAGCUCACCUGUGAUAUCCAUCAACAAUUUUCCUGCUGAAAACAUUACCUCAUCCUCUGCAACUGAUCGUGUUACUGAGCCUUUGUAGACUUCUCCGAACCUGGAUGUUUUUAAUACAUUUUAUCAAAAUUAAAUAUAACGCAAGUAAAUCUUACAAAUAAUGGAUGUAGAAAAUUCCACAGAUGAAAUCCUGUGUUUAUUUUUUUUUGUGUAAAGUUGAGCGAAUGAGAGGGAAUAAGAGUUGUUAUUGAUAAGAAAAGGAAACUGUUUUCCCGCCUUUUCCUAGUUUUUAUGUGUCUUAAUACAUUUGGGCAAUCAUAUAUUACGGUGUUAUCCAACAGAGACAGAAUUGUUUUGUGAGCUCUAAGCUUUGUACAUGAUCACCAAUGAGCCAAGAAGAACACAAUCUCAAAAUUGAGAUGAAGCGUUUAGAAAAUUAAUUAUGAGCAAUUAUGACACAGAUAAAUAAAAAAAUACAUUUUC